CAGUUUCCAUUCUCUUUGUCCGAACGCAAAAACAGAGAGAUGGAUCGUGUGAUCUUCUUCCUCCUCCUCCUCAUCGCAUCCGCUUUAUCGGUCUCCAUCUCCGGCGAGGUUAAAAAUAAUCCGAUCAAGCAAGUCGUCCGGGAGGAGAACGACGAACAACUCCUCCUCAACUUAGACCACCAGUUCACUCUGUUCAAAUCAAAGUACGAGAAGACUUACAAGAACCAGGCCGAGCACGACCACCGCUUCCGUGUCUUCAAAGCUAACUUACGUAGAGCCAGACGUCGCCAGCUACUCGAUCCCACAGCCGUCCACGGCGUCACGCAAUUCUCAGACGUCACACCGAAGGAGUUCAGCCGCAAGUAUCUAGGGCUGAAACGGCGGUUCCGUCUUCCUAACGACACUCAGCAGGCGGCGAUACUUCCCACUAGCGAGCUCCCGACGGAUUUCGAUUGGCGUGAGCAUGGAGCCGUCACCCCCGUUAAAAAUCAGGGUUUGUGCGGAUCAUGCUGGUCGUUUAGUGCCACGGGAGCUCUUGAAGGAGCACAUUUUCUAGCGACUAAAGAGCUCGUCAGCCUCAGCGAGCAGCAGCUCAUAGACUGCGACCAUACGUGUGAUCCACAAGACGCCAAGUCAUGUGACAGUGGUUGCAGAGGAGGACUAAUGAACAACGCUUUUGAGUACACUCUCAAAACCGGCGGCCUUAUGAAGGAACAAGACUAUCCUUAUACAGGACGUGACCGUUCUGUUUGCAAAUUCGACAAGACCAUGAUCGCUGCCAAAGUGUCUAACUUCAGCGUUGUUUCUGCGGAUGAAGACCAAAUCGCUGCAAAUCUAGUCCAGAACGGUCCUCUUGCUAUUGCUAUCAACGCAUUGUGGAUGCAAACUUACAUAGGAGGAGUUUCGUGCCCGUAUGUAUGUUCCAAGAACCAAGACCAUGGAGUGCUCUUGGUUGGGUUUGGUUCGGCGGGUUAUGCACCACUCCGUCUUGAGGAUAAGCCUUAUUGGAUCAUUAAGAAUUCAUGGGGAUCCAUGUGGGGAGAGAAGGGUUACUACAAAAUCUGCAGGGGAAGUCAGAACAUCUGCGGUGUGGACACGAUGGUAUCUACCGUUGCUGCUGUUCAUACAACACCUCAGUAGGAUUAUUAGGACACUACUGGGUUUUACAUGUCCUUGUAUAUUCAUGUAUCUGUAUAACCACCACUAUCAACUGUUAUUAUUAGUAUCUUUGAUGAACGAUGAUACACCUAUUAUAAGAUGGAAUAAUAUAAGUUAUAUAUUAUGUAA